AUGGGGAUCGGUGCAGCCAAGGCUGGCCGUACCAGGGGAUGGGUGAACAUAACCUUACGUUCAUGCCACUCGGAUCAAUCACUUACAAUAAAGGCUCAUAUCAUAAGUGGUUUAAUGGCUCAAUUACCAUCUGACCAAGUCGCAGAUGCCGACUUACAUCAGUUCGUCAAUCUACCAGUCGCAGAUCCAGAUUUCACAAUUCCAGGUCCAAUGGAUAUCAUCAUUGGAGCCGAUUAUUACGGCCAAGUCGUCACUGGCGAGAUCAUCAAAAGUGAAUCUCCUGGAUUACUCGCUCAAAACACAAUAUUUGGAUGGAUUAUCAUUGGUCCAGUCCAAACUCGGCUCAUCAAAUCACUUACAAUUCAUCACGCUGUCUCCAAUCAUCAUGAUCAAGAUCUCCAAAACCUACUAACUCGGUUCUGGCUCCAAGAAGAAGUCAGUUCAACUCAAUCACGCUCAUUAACCUUCGAGGAAGAGGCUUGUGAAGCUCACUUUCGGGAUACUCACACUCGAGACAGUUCUGGCAGAUACAUUGUCAGACUGCCACUACUAUCAGACCCACAACAACUGGGGAACUCAUACACAGCAGCACAUCGCUGUUUGUAA